AUGGUGCUGCCACCUGGGCUGCCAGCCUUGGUGCUGAUGCUGCUACCAUUCAAUGUCUUGGCUGGUGGAACUCCAACUGUUUCCAGUGCUACAUUGACUGCUCAGCCACCAACCAUCAGGACCUCUCCAUCACUGCUCUCUACCAUCUUCAAGAUGGCCCACUCAUCCCCCCCACUGCCUCAUGGUGCAGCAUGGGUUCUUCCUAAGCCUCCUCAGUUGGCCCCAUCCCUGUUGAGACUGCUCUCUGCUGUGCAGGUGGCUCAACCUUCAGCUGGUGGGUGUCAUGGGCCUGAAUGCUCAAGAAGCAGGAGGGUCACUGGUUCAUAUGGAAGGAGCACAGGUAUCGGAGAUCUAGUCGAUACCAGUAGAGAGCAUGGUCGUAGUGCAGUCUCCAUGGAGACCAUGGACUCCUACAGACUCACAUGCAAAGGAGGACCGAGCCCAUAUGCGAGGCACAGCCAUGAGGAGGACCAAGCUCAAGGAGCAGGCACAGCCAUGAAGAGGACCAAGCUCAAGGAGCAUGCAGACAGUUACCACUCAGGGGCUUGA